GGUACUGUGACUGGGUUUGUGUUGACUUCCAGUUCUGCUUUGAUAAAGUGUUGACUUCAGACGAGCCGGAGCAGACUUCAACUGAGCGGUCACCUCUGUCUGAGUAAAUGGAGAUAACGGUGAGUUCCAGUCAUUAAAAGGUUUGAACUCUCAAUCAAACAGGAGCUUUCGAUUCAGGUGGACGAGCAUGGCCAGCAGCAGGGAUGCCGACGAGAGCACCCCCCUCCUGGACUCGGGAUCCGGACACAGACCUCCAGCACCGUCUGUGUUCCAGGGAAGGAGACUGGCGUGUGCAGCCAUCCUGCUGGCGGAGUCCCUGGAGAGGAUCGCGUUCUACGGCAUCACAUCCAAUCUGGUUCUCUUCCUCAACAGCAGCCCUUUCUACUGGGAGGGCACGCAGGCCAGCCAGGCACCACUGGUGUUCAUGGGAGUUACUUACCUGAUUUCACCCUUUGGAGGCUGGCUGGCGGACGCCUACCUUGGGAAGUUCUGGACCAUUGCUGCGAGUCUGAUCCUGUAUUUCAGUGGCUUGCUGUUUUUCCCCUUCAUUUCUAAUGAAGACACCAGGGUCCACAUGUGUGGAGAAGAGCUGUCGUUUCCUGUGCAGCCGAUUGAGUGUCUGAGCACAAACACCACCCCUCCAGCCAAUGUAACCUGCCCCAUCCGGGCCUCAUACUGUGGCCCUGUAAUCUACAGUGGACUGUUUUUAAUUGCACUGGGGGUGGGGUCAGUGAAGGCCAACAUCACUCCGUUUGGGGCCGAUCAGGUCAAAGACAGAGGACCAGAGGCCACGCGCAGAUUUUUCAACUGGUUCUACUGGUGCAUUAACUUAGGAGCCAUCCUGUCUCUGGGAGGCGUGGCCUACAUUCAGCAGAAUUUAAGCUUUGAGCUCGGCUACAUCAUUCCAGCAGUGUGCCUCGGGGUCUCGUUCCUCGUCUUCCUCUUGGGCCGAACUGUCUUCAUCACCAAGCCUGCUGAUGGCAGCGCCUUCACAGACAUGGCCAAGAUCCUGAGCUUCGCCUGCUGGUCUCCAAAACCCAAAGAACCUAGCCUCCUCCGCAACAAACCAACACUAUUGGACAGUGCCAAGGUGACCUAUGGUGGGAAAUUUCCAGAAGAGAAAGUAGAUGAAGUGAAAUCUCUUGUGAAAAUCCUUCCAGUUUUCUUUGCGCUCAUCCCAUAUUGGACUGUUUACUUCCAGAUGCAGACAACAUACGUCCUGCAGAGCCUCCAUCUGAGGAUUCCUGAUAGCUCCAACAGCACCGGGGACUCCUACCAGAUGACGUUCCGCUUCCCGACCGCCUGGCUCACCAUGUUUGACGCAGUGCUCAUCCUUAUGCUGAUUCCCCUUAAGGACAAAGUGGUGGACCCCAUCUUGAAACGUCGCGGCCUGCUGCCCUCCUCUCUGAAGAGGAUUGCAGUGGGGAUGUUCUUUGUGAUGUGGUCGGCUGUGGCAGCAGGUAUUCUGGAGACAAAACGCUUGGAGAUCGUCAAAUCCAAGGGUACCAUCGAACAGGUGCUUGGCAACGUUAUCUACUACGCGGCAGAUUUACCCAUAUGGUGGCAAGUGCCUCAAUAUGUGCUGAUAGGAAUCAGCGAGAUCUUUGCCAGCAUUGCAGGUCUGGAGUUUGCCUAUUCUGCAGCACCCAAGUCCAUGCAGAGUGCCAUCAUGGGGCUCUUUUUCUUCUUCUCUGGGAUCGGCUCUUUUGUGGGCUACGGCCUGUUGGCUCUUGUCUCCCUUAAAGCGAUUGGCUGGAUGUCAUCCCACAGAGACUUCGGCAAUAUCAACGACUGCUCUCUGCACUACUACUUCUUCCUCCUGGCAGGCAUCCAGGGCGUCACCUUGCUGGUCUUCCUUAUUGUCUCUGUCAAGUAUGACAAGCAGAGGGGCAGAGCGGGAAGCCAAAGGCAGAGACACACCUCCUCAUGACCCCAACACCUGCCCCGGUGUCCUCCCUCACCAGACCUGCCUUCUGCUGUCAAAUGGGUACUUUACUAAUCACAGCCUCCAGAAGCUUGGGUUACCUCACAUGUGAUUCUGUCACGACUAUGUUUAUUAUUUAUGUUGGUUUUUAGCUUUUAUGCGGAAAUUCUCUUUCCUUUUUACAACACGAAUGGUUUUACACCACAGGGUGAACGUUCAGUUUAAUGCUGAAGCCCUAAACUCCCGUGUCCUUACUCCUGCUGCCUUUCUGUGAUCAUUUGCACUUGAUUUGAAAGUGGUGCCAUAAAAAAUGCAACAUGUUGAUAUUUUCUAAUCAUGAAGAAUGUUUUUAUAGAUAUACAGACUUUUACUUUGUGUUUUCUAACAAAAUCUUAUUUUGGACUUACUCUUUAACUCGCCAUUUUGCCAAACCUGGUGUGAUACAUGUGUGUAUUUACUCAAACUGACAAUGCAGUGGUUUCUGAACGUGCGGUACAAAUGUUAAACUGUGGUAUGUCAGCAUCAUUUAGACCUUUAAAUACCUAACAUAGUUGUGAUCACAUUGAAUGGGGAAUUGUAAUUUAGAGGGUAAUUUGAUGUUUCAUUGUUGUUACAGAUUUUUUUGAAAUGACUGCUUUAAAUGUUGAGGCAGAAAAUGGUUUAUGUUUGAAUAAACACAGUUAGAUUUGUUUCAAUCUAAUAUUGAGAAAGAAUUAAAAUAUGUGAUUACACUCUGUGUGAUCCACAUAAACUCUUCUUUUAACUCUGUCGUAAAUCCUCAAACAGCCCCGUACUUGAAGAAAGAUAAUACUCCUUGUGUUAAAAGUACUCCAUGACUCCCGUGAGGCUUCACAGUAGUUUCUCAUUUCUGGUCAAGCUGAAGAAUCAGCAUAACAACAGAACUAAUUACAAACUAACCUUUAACAUUGUGUAGAGAUGAAGAUAUCUGUGGCAUUAAUGCUUGGAGUGAAGUUUUAGAUGUUUAAAACAUAACCCGAACUUUCUGUUUUAUGCUUUUCACAAAAAAAAUUAAAUAAAAAAAAAACACUUUCAGGAACCUUUACAGUGUUAUCAGCUUUUCCAGAAAAAAGAAGCUUCUGAUUGCUCGAUUUAUUUAUGAGACUAUGAUUUGUAUUGGCUUUAUACUGUUAAGAAUAAUGUGUGUGUGUGUGUGUGUGCGUGUGCGUGUGUGUGUGUGUGCGUGUGUGUGUGUCUUUUCCUCAGAACAAGUAGAGCACAAGGUACUGAAUUUACUCUCAGGGCUUGAGGAAUAGUGUCAUUUGACAUAAAUAUCCAGGAAAUAUAAAAGUGGCUCUGGAGCAGGGUCAGAGGAUUGUUUAGCCUGAAAUGUCAGUAACAUUUGUAAGACAGCACAUUAAAAGAAGAAGCUAUCUCUCUGACGGUAUGUAAUACCUUUUAGGGCCAUUUUAAUUUGUGUUUAAUUGGUUGGAGAAAUGGCUGUUCCUUGUUUUUAUUGCAUAUUUUAUAUACAUACUUGCUUCAUCAUAUUAAAAACAUCUAUUAAGUUUA